GCUGUACAAUACGUGUUACAGUAGUUCUGGACAAGGAGGGGGAAGUUAAUUAAAUCCAGCUAAAUUAUUCAGUACCAGCCCCGUAGAAGACAAGAUGCCUACUGUGGACAAGCUGCUGCUGGAGGAGGCUUUGCUAGACAGCCCACAGACUCGAUCCCUCCUUAGUGUGUUUGAGGAAGAUGCAGGAACCCUCACUGAUUAUACAAAUCAAUUACUUCAAGCAAUGCAGCGUGUUUAUGGGGCACAAAAUGAAAUGUGUUUGGCCACACAACAGCUCUCCAAACAACUCCUAGCCUAUGAGAAACAGAAUUUUGCACUUGGAAAAGGAGAUGAAGAAGUGAUUUCUACGUUACAGUAUUUUGCAAAUGCAGUGAGUGAGCUUAAUGUCCUUCAUACAGAACUUGCUAAACAGCUGGCUGACUCCAUGGUCCUGCCCUUAAUACAGUUCCGUGAAAAAGAUCUGACAGAAGUAAGCACCUUAAAAGAUCUUUUUCUCCUUGCUAGCAAUGAGCAUGAUUUAUCAAUGGCAAAAUACAGUCGGCUUCCAAAAAGGAGAGAAAAUGAAAAGCUAAAGACUGAAAUUGCAAAAGAAGUGGCUAAUGCAAGAAGGAAACAGCACCUUUCAUCAUUACAGUACUACUGUGCCUUAAAUGCUCUUCAGUACAGAAAGAGAACAGCAAUGUUGGAUCCUAUACUUGGAUAUACUCAAGGACAGAUUGCAUUUCUAAAGAAAGGAUUUGAAACAUUUUCCAAAAAAAUGGAUGGAUUUGUUUCUUCUGUGACUGGCAUGAUACAGCGGAUACACGGAGAGCUUGAUGCUGAAGCAGAUGCUAUGAGAAUAUCACAGCAAGAGCUGCUCUCUGUCAGCGAUUCCGUUUAUACUCCUGAUUAUGAUGUUUGUGCGCCUGUUAUCAACAGAAACCUGAUACAGAAGGCUGGCUAUCUAAACAUGAGAAGUAAAACGGGUCUGGUUACCACAUCCUGGGAAAGGCUGUAUUUCUUCACGCAAGGUGGAAACUUAUUGUGUCAGCAUAGAGGAGAUGUGGCCGGAGGAUUGAUUCAGGAUCUAGACAAUUGUUCAGUCAUGGCGGUUGAUUGUGAAGACAGACGAUACUGUUUCCAGAUCACCACACCUAAUGGCAAAUCGAACCUGAUUCUUCAAGCAGAAGGAAAAAGGGAAUAUGAGGAGUGGAUUUCUGCUAUCAACAAUAUUUCCAGACAAAUUUACUUAUCAGAUAACCCAGAGGCAGUGGCCAUCCGGUUAAAUCAGACAGCGCUACAAGCAGUGACACCCAUUACGAGUUUUGAGAAAAAAAUGGAAACUGUACAAAACAGUGAUAGCGUGAAGCACGUGGACGUACAAAAUGAGAGUCCUGUAGCAGAAGCUGCGGAUGAAAUGCUGCACGAAAUCGAGUCUGCGCAGUUAAUAGCCCCUGGGACUCCCAUUCAGUUUGAUAUUCUGCUUCCAGCCAGUGAAUUCCAAGACCAAAAUAGGAGCAGCAGACGGACAAAUCCAUUUGGGGAAUCUGAAGAUAAAACUGGAAAUACUGCAGAGGAAGGUACACUAUUGCAGCAGAUGUUCGUAGUUCGUUUUUUGGGAUCAAUGGCCGUAAAAUCUGACCAUACCAAGAAGGUAAUCUUUGAAGCUAUGAGGCAAGUCUUGGCUGCGCGAGCAAUUCAUAAUAUUUUCAAGAUGACCGAAUCUCACUUGAUGGUCACAAGCAAAAAUAUCAGAUUCAUCGAUCCUCAAACACAAGUUACAAGAAUAAGUUUUGACCUUGAGGAUAUUACCCAAUUCGCUGCUCACCAGGAUAACAAAAGAUUAAUUGGAUUUGUGGUUUGUCUCCCUGAAGCUUCAGGGGCAGUCUCCUUAAGUGUGUACGUCUUGGAGAGCAACACUGAGGGCGAGAAGAUUUGCUAUGCAAUUAGCUUGGGGAAAGAAAUAGCUGCAGCACAGAAGGAUCCAGAAGCACUAGCUCAGCUCAUGAUGUCAAUGCCAUUAUCAACGGAUGGGAAGUUUGUCCUCUUGCAAGAGCAGGAGCAAGAGAAUGAAGCGAAUACAAACGGCAGUGCGGCACUAGAGUCGGAAGCCUAGCGUCUCUUCUUCUGCACCUUUAUUUGUAGAGGUUGUUUAUCAGGUCUUUGUAGGUUUUAGAAACAUAAAAUUAUUUUUAAGAUGACACUAUGGUGAGACUGACAUUGAUAAAGUAAUGACUAGAUUGGCAACGUUACUAUGAUACUAUCGGUGAGUAUCGCCGUCUUCACUAACUGUACUUCUAACAUCUUGCUCAUUCUGUAAUGUAAUAUGAUCAUGUACUGAUACUUUGACAUUCCAGAAUUUUAUGCAAUCAUGUACUAAAUUAACUACAACUUAUCACAACCUAACAUUUCUCAGAUGCUAGCGCAAAGCUGGAUUGUCUACAGUUGUCUUUAACCAAUAGCUUUAAGUAUAUAAUAAAACGACUUCCUUCUAUUUUUGUAUUCCAGUAAUGUUACAUGUAGAAUAUCUAAGUGCCUCUCACAUUUACAAUAAAUUGUUACUAGAAUGAGAUAACACUAAGCACUGAGCAGAUUCAAAUGUGCAGCAAAAUCUUUCAAAUGAAGCAAAGGCUUGUUUUUCAUGUUAAAUUAAAAUAUAAUCACAGUAACCUGUAAUUGCUUUACAAUUGUUUUUGGUAAGGGGAUUACUAGUUUGUUUUAAAUUCUGUUACAAUGUAAAAUGGGUGGGGUUAUAAUUCCCAGGCUCUCUGUUGCUCUUACAGUUUGUUUUACAAAAAUGCAUUGCUGGUGUCUCCUGCAGUGAUGGGCCGAAAUGAAACUUUCAGCACUACAACUCUGAAUUGCACUAUUAAGAUGAAGAAUUAAUAAAGUAGCAUGUUUAUGACUCCUA